GUGUAUACGCCGGCUCGCAGGCACCUAUGAUGCCGGGUGCGGCGCCUGCGAACUACACACCGCCUCCGCCUUCCUCGACGUCUGGCCGGUCUUCUUACCCGUCGCAACCAUCCGGUGUGCCCGGGGGCCCGGGCUAUAUCCCGAGUGCCAAGGAGCGUGAGGCGUACCCGCAGCGCUUUGAACUGGCGAACCCGGAUCAGGGUGGCUUCACGGACCAAGAUAGGCAACAGUACCUUGCGUCUGGGCCUUCUGGACCUGCUCAUCCUUCAGGCUCGGACGUUUUCGUGCACCGGGAUGGCGGCCGUCUCGAACAAAACGAGAUCCCGCCGACAUACGAUAGCGUCCCGCGAGACGAGCGCUAGAAGCACGCUGAAGGCGCUUCUCACCCUCAUCUCGUACUCUCGCUCCCGCCAUAUUUAAAGAGCAUGGCAGUGUUUCCUUGUGUACCUCUGUCCCUGUCUCUAUCCACUCCAUCCUCCUCGCACCUCGCAACGGACUUCGGACACUAACAAAUCCGCUGUGUGUACUUACUUACGACCUCGCUAUGCAUCCC